AUGACAGAUGUGAUAGAUUCCUCCUCAGCAUCUACAGCAAUGUCGUCACCUUCUAGCCACGCCCACUGUGACCUGGAAGCAGGACAAUCCGCCACCGACAACCUCGACGGCAAGACGCCAAAAUUACCGUCGAUUCAGUGCGAAGCAAAUGGCACCGAAAUCCCUCAGGUCUCUCCGACCUUGAAGCGCCGAAUCACGCGAUCCAACACCAUUCAAGAGUUCCCAGGCAUCGAUGCCACUUCACCACAGCCGGAUUGGCAGCCUGGUCAAGAACCUGGGCUUGACCCCUCCAAACCGAAUGGUGGGCGAUCGCAGCUGCCAACCCUCCAUGAGGAAUGUCAAAUCACGGUCGUCGACUUCAGCGAAGAUAAUAUGGUUAUGACAGACUUCGGGAACGUCAGGUUUAUAGACUUCCUCGAAAAGGAACAAGAGAGCUGGGUUACCUGUCGGUGGAUCAAUGUUAACGGCCUUAGUUGGGAUGUCAUUCAGGCGCUGGGGACGUAUAAGAAACUACAUAGAUUAGCAAUUGAAGAUCUGAUUAAUACGAACAAUCGGACGAAAGUUGAUUGGUACCGCGACCAUACUUACAUGGUGCUCACCUUGCAAAAAUUGGUCCAUCUGCAUCCUGACGAUAGCGACUCUGAUUCCGACGACGAUCAUCACUCCCCCGGGGAGAAAAGACCGAAACAUGGCAGAUUUUGGAAAGGCCUCCGCAAGUUAUUCUCCAGUUCGAAAUCGAGGCAGAAGUAUGACGAGGAACAAAGAAAAGCGAGCAUGGCUUCCGGCAUCUAUGAUACGACGAAUGGGUUUAUUGCUGCGCAUACCAAAGGCGCAGUAAAGAAACACCGGACGCUCCAGAGAUAUCAUGGUGGACCACACCAAGAGCGGAUGACAUUUAUGGAGGCACAUUCACCGCUGACCGCAAAGAAAUUGGCUGUGAGCGUUGAGCAGGUGUCAAUAUUCCUUACAGCUGAUAAUACUGUCAUUUCGUUUUUUGAGUCAUCUGCAGACGAUAUAGAAAUUCCAAUUCUUCAGCGACUAGACACCCCGGAUACAGUCCUUCGACAGUCAUGUGAUGCUUCCAUGGUCACUCAAGCCAUUAUAGAUGCUAUUAUCGAUCUAGCCAUCCCGGCAACAAACGCCUAUCAAGCUGUUAUCAGUGAAUUAGAACUCGAUGUAUUAACUGCCCCAAACAUAAAGCAAUCCAAAACCUUGUAUGUCAUCAUUAGCGAGAUCACGAUGAUGCGCAAUCUUGUUAGUCCAAUCGUCAAUCUUAUUGCCUCCCUCCGCGAUCACAGAACCGUCGGGGUUGCUCCUCAGAUCGGCUACAGGACUCAUCCCAUCAACAAUUCUGGUGGGGUGAAGGUUAGUCCUAUGGCACAAACGUACCUCAGCGAUACCGAAGAUAAUUUAAUAUUGAUCUCUGAAUCUCUGGAACAAAUGCGACGGGCGUGCGACAACAUGAUCGAUCUUAUCUUUAACACCAUUUCAGCCUUCCAGAACGAAUCCAUGAAACAACUGACCGUCGUGACGAUCAUUUUCCUGCCGUUGACAUUCUUGACUGGGUACUUUGGCAUGAAUUUCACAGACUUCGUUGCGAUCGAAAACACACCGACCUACUUCUGGAGUAUUGCGUUGCCGGUUACAUUUUCACUUACAAUAUUUUUGAUGCGGGAUAUUCUGCGAUGGUGGUUUAUUAAGGUUAUGCAAAGGAGAGGUAUUUCCAGGAGUCGGAAGUCGAGGCUAAGUAAAGAGGCGACGUCCAAAAGAAGUUGA